AUUAAUGUUUCGCAAAUGGUUUGGUCCUUCAGAUUCCAGAGGGAGAGAGAUCGCGAGAGAGACAUACCGCGAUCGCGCGAGCCGCGUGAUGGAUACGGCACUUACUACGGCGAUUCACCGGCUCACGAUUAUCAGUUCCGUGAUCGUGAGCGCGACUUACCGCCUAGGGAGAGGCCGUUGCCGAGAUAUCCCAUUAGAAACCAGCCGUCUCAACAUAAUAUACCGCCGUUGAUGCCGCAUCUAGUCCCUGGAGGUCACGCACCGCCGCCACUUAUGUCAUUGGGACCUACGGACAGGAAAGACUAUUAUGAUUCCUACAACAGAUAUUCAGGACCUCCUCCACCGCAGCGCUUCGGCAGUCCUCUGAGGGAUCCACCGCCUCAUAAACGGUUCGACGAUGUUGCGCCACCUGGCACCGAAGGCUACUAUGACCUUUCGCCACCAGGAGUGGAGCAUUCUGAACGAUCCUUGAGGGACGAUCGUGAACGACAGCGUUCCUUGAGGGACCAGGAAGAUCGAGAUCAUUCCUCGAAGGAUCGCGAUAACGAGGAACGCGACCGACUGAGAGACGAUAGGGGCCGCGACCGCGAGGACCGUAUGCGCGAGAGGGACGACCGAGAUCGCAGAGCCGCGAACAGAGAUCGCGAGGAUCGCGAUAGGCAACCCCCGCUAAGAGAUCACGAGGACAGGUUGCGAGAGAAGGAUGAACGCGACAGAAGGGAAAAAGAAAAGGAACGAGACGACCGACACGUUCGCGAUCGUCGAGAGGACGACAGACACAUCGAGAAAAAGGAUUACGAUAAAGACCGUUAUAGAGAUGAUCGAGAUCGUCACAGGCAAGACGAGAAGAAUCGGCCACGGGAGAAGGAGAGACGCGAGCGCGAGUACGAAACUGAGAAGGACAGAGACCGUCACGAACGGUACGAGAGACGCUCGAUGGAACGGAAGAAGAGCAGGAAAAGCUUGAGCCCGUACUCGCAGAAGUCGAGGGACCCUAAGGAACAGCUGUCGCCUGAGCGAAACAUGAAGAAGAAGGAGAAGGAUCAUGAGGAGAAGGCGGAGGAAAAGAAGAAGGAGAAAAAGAUCAAGGAGAAGAAGAAGAAGAAGGACAGCGACGAGAAGGAAAAGAAGAAGAAGAAGAAGAAGGACAAGAAAUCUAAUCAGAAGGAGGCAUCGAAGGACGAUUCGAUCAAGGCAAUCGAGACGCAAGUCAUGUUGAUCGAGAGCAAGGCGAUGAAUGACGUUCCAUCUUCGCCGCUCAAGGCCGAGAAGACGAGCAACAACGAGGAGGACAAUAUCGAGAGCAGGAUAGAAUGCAUCACCAGCGACGCGUCCAUUAUGCCGAUCAAGGAGGAAUUCGAGGCGAAGUCCCUGGCAAUGAAUCCGGAACCGCCGGAAUUCAACGAGUCCAGGCUCGACCGCGCGGAAUUCGGCACGAAUCCGCCGAAUCCGAACUUCAAGCCGAUCCCGGAGCUGAAGUCGGACAUGAAACCGAUCGACAGUCUUUACGGCGGACUGGACGACGCGGAGAUCAACACGGUGAUUACGGAGAAGUAUACCCUGCUGUCGGAACAUCUGGAGACGCCCGAGGCGAAGGAGAUAAUCACCGCUGCUGCCCUGACGACGGAGAAAUCGCCAAAGAAGGACGAGUUCCUGGCACCCAUACCGGAGCUAUCCAAGUGGGAGAGAGACGACACGAUCGAGAAGCCCGACGAUGAGGAGGAAGGCGCGAGUGGCUCGCCCACGGAGAAGCUGCAGAGGGAGGACGAGCCGAAGUCGAUGAAGAUGGUCACCUCGGAGGUGCUGAAGCGAGCGGAGAACGCGAUAUUCCAGAAGGCCAUCAAUGCAAUUCGCCCGAUCGAGAUAAAAAAGAUCAGCGAAAGCAGGAAGAUACUCUAUCAGAAUCCCGAGCUCAAGGUCCUGGAGACGGCGGAGCCGCCCGUUGCGCCGAAUCGCGAGCCGCGGAAAAGCGUUAACGUGACGAUUAACGUCGGCAGGAAUGAGAGAAACGUCGAGAUCACGGAACCGGUGAAGAAGGCUAAGCUUGACCGUACGAAGUUCAAGCCUGUUCCGGAGACGACGGCAUACUCGCCGACCAGAUUGUCCGCCAAGGAGAGGCUCGGCGAGAAGGUCGAGGACAGCAAAGAGAGGAAGAUCAGUCCUAUAAAAGGGUUCCUGGAGAGGCGCGACUCGAAGAGCGAGAAUCAGUCGAGAAGUCGGUCACCCAGGAGAGAGAAGAGAAUGCCCUCUCCGGUUCCGGACCGGCGCGCUGACGCUUCUUCCUCGGCUCUGAACACGAGCAGCGAGCGGAAGGUGUUCCUGGAGGAGAGAAAACGGGACAACAAGGAUAGAGGCGACCGCUCGAAGGAGAGAUCAGACUUCCGGGGCGAGCGGCACAGCGGCGGCGACUUGAGGUCCGACAGAGAAAGUAGAGUUGACUGCAGACCGGAUUUCCGUUCGGGCAGGAGCGACGUCAAGGGAGAUCGCGAGCGCGAGCGCAGAGGUAGGACGCCUCCCUCGGCGUCCUGCGCGCAGUUCAAGAAAACGGAGAUGUCGAAGCUGAACCUGCUGAAGCCAAAGGACGAGGAGGAGGAGAGGAGACGGGAGAAGAAGCCGCGCGAGGAAAAGAAGAGGAAGAAGGAGCACCGCAGUAGAAGCAAAUCCAAGGAGCACAAGAAACGCAAGGAGAAGAAGCACAAGAAAGAUAAGGAGAAGAAUCAGGAGAAGAAGCAAAAGCACAAGGAAGCCGCGGCUUCGAAGGACAAAUCGGACAGCAAUCCGGAGACCAAGAUCAAUUAUGAGAACAUCGAUCCGUCGUCCCUGACGGAUUCGUUGAAGAAGCAGAGGAAGAAUCCGAAGCUGGUGUCCGAUCGCAAGCGUAGCAUACUCGACGAGGCGAACUUCGAGCCCGACUACUCCGCCUCGGACUCGGAAUCCGACGGCGAGGACAAGACUCUGCCACCUACGAAGAAAUUCAAGCUCAACGAGGCGGAAUUGGACAAGGAGAUGGAGAUGAAGCCUCUGAAGAAGAGGUCGAGGUCCAGUAGCAGCGAAGACUCGUCGAGCAGCUCCGACACGACGAGCUCCGACUCGGACAGCAGCGACGAGUCGCACAAGAAGAAGAGGAAGAAGCACAAGAAGCAUAAGAAAAAGAAGUCGACCAAGAAGGACAGCAGCUCGGACUCGGAUACCUACUCGGACUCGUCCGACAGCAGUAGCGACGAGGAGAAGCACAAAAAGAAGUCGAAAAAGUCGAAGAGCAGGAGCAAGCAAUCGAAGAAGAAGAAGAAGUCCAAGCACAAAUGACACCGCUAGAUGUCGCCGGCGUUCGUUCGAAGAGAUAUCUCGCCGGGAAGAAGCAGCGGAGCGCCUUUCUUUGAAUGCUUGGGUAUCGAGGACACGUCACCCUCAACUAUUAUCGAUAGUUCCGCGAAUGAAUUCUGCAAUUAAUGUGCAUUAUUGCGUGCGUAUCUUUCACAUAGAUGAUUAAUGAUUAUUUUUUCUACUCGCAAAACGGUGAUGAACAGCUCAAAGUAUAAUAUGAAGUUAUUUUGAACGCGCGUUAUUUAGUGCUAGAUUAUUUAUUGGCAUCGGCGGCAGUGAACAAAUUAACGGACGGUCGAAGAGUAAGGAGGAGGCGAGAAAAGUGCAUAUGAUAGUCGGAUUAUUUUGACCUUACAUUAAAAGGAAGGGGGAGGAAAAAACAUUAUAUGGCCUUUGCGUAAUUAUUAUUACACCUCGAUUUUUGACGUAUUAAAAUGCUGUGUGUAAGUUACUCAGUACUACGAUAAGCGAUGUACAUUGUAGCUAAGCUGUGACUUACGAGGAUCGUUGCGUAGAUCCUUAGGAAAUAUAUAUAUACCAUCACUAUCAUGUCAGUGGGAUAAUUAGUGUUCGUCAUCUCAUAUAUUUUCCGAGGACUUGUCGAACGACACCCUCGUAUGUCGUUAAUUAUACGACGAGUUAAGAGCAACUUAUUUAGAAUACCCAUUGUCUCAGCGUAUUACAUUGUACUUUCAUAAUCUACUGUCAAUAUGUGUGUAAAAGGAAAUAAAAUGAUAAAAUUCUUUUAAA